AAGUCGAAGAAAAAAAAACAGAAUAACCCCAAAAUUACCACAAACUAAGAUAUUUUGGAAAAACUCGUAUCACUCCACAAGAAACUCAUCCAUGGCGAUUCUUAGUUACAUCUCAGCGACAUCAACAACACCACCGGUUCCUCAAGAUCAAUCACCCAAUCCUCGUCUACCAACCAAAAUCAUUCUACCCAACAAGAAACCUGAGAAAUGGUCCACCGGCGUUUCUCCCGGAGAGUACGGUGGUCCUCCGACUACCACCAAGCUCCGCAAGUACUGGGGAGGAGAAAAAGAAGAUCCCAUUACUUCCACUGAUUUGAUCUGGAACAGAGAUUUUAUGGAUCAGAUGAAGAAACUGUUCGAUGACCCCGAUGAUGAUUCUUCUCUCGACCCAUCUCCUUCAAAGGAAGAUUCUUCUGGGUUUCUGAGCUUUAGCAGAGUUAUGAAUCUUGACAGUAUGGAUGUUGAUUUAAGCAAAGAGCUUGCAUCGUCUUCUAAAUCCUUUCUGAAAGAUCGACGUGAGACUUCCAAUUCAGAAGCUAAAAAACAGAUGAGUAAGGCUAUUGCGUCUCCUAAAUGGAAACUGGCACCAACACGUCGCGAGCAAGACAAAUGGGAUAGAGCAACUAAGGCUGCAACUGGUGGCAGUGAUGUGAUGUUUAGGGAGUUGAGGCGGCCACGUGGUGACCCAGAAGUACAGGCUGCUAAAGACAGGGAACAGUAUUUCAAGCUUAAAAAGAAGAUACAGGUUCUCACAUUGGGUAUUGGUGGUGUAGGUUUAGUCUCAGCUUACAUCUCAUACACUCCGGAGAUAGCACUUAGUUUUGGUGCUGGUUUGAUGGGUUCACUUGCGUAUAUGAGGAUGCUUGGUAACUCUGUAGAUGCCAUGGCAGAUGGAGCCAGAGGAGUUGUCAAAGGUGCAGCUAACCAGCCACGGUUACUAGUCCCCGUUGUGUUGGUUAUGAUAUUCAAUAGAUGGAACGCAAUACUUGUUCCCGAGUAUGGAUUCAUGCAUUUGGAGUUGAUCCCAAUGUUGGUUGGGUUCUUUACUUACAAAAUUGCUACGUUCUUUCAAGCUAUAGAAGAAGCCAUCUCCAUUACUACUCAGAAAACCGAACCAAUCUCUCCAGACACAGAGGUCAGUGAUAUGUAAGGUUAAAGUCAGCGUUGUAAGAAAUGUAAUCUAGACGCAAAAAGGUAUUUAAUGUAAUAAAAACUAAUAACUUUAAAAACUCA